AUGAGUGCAUUGAACAAGAUUCUCAUUAUUGGUGCAAGUGGAAGCUUCGGCAAGGUUGUUACUAGCACAGCAUUAGCACGUGCUCUUGAUGUUACUUUAUUCGUCAGACGUAAAAGUCGCCUUGGAAAUUCUGGAAAUGCAAAGGUUAUUGAAAAGCGUCAUAUGUCACUUUUUGUACUAAGGAAACAUCGACUUUAUGCGUUAUGA